UAAAAGAUUUCGCAAUUAUUUACAAACACCCUGUAUAACAAUGAGAAAAAUUAGGAGGCAUAACCUCUUAACAGUUUACAAUUUAUACAUGUCAUUUUUGCAAUAAAAAAAGUCUACAACUAUCUAAACAGCUAAAUAGAGCUCUCAUGAACAAAACAUUUUUCAGAACGAGUACCGUCUCCAGCCAGCAGCAGCAGCAACCGUUCACUAAACACAAAUACAAUACCUGGCAGUUCCGAAUCGCAAUCGCUUAACACAAGAGACAUGUACCGCUACCAAGAACCCAUUGAAACUGACAUGGACAACCGUUACCUCUCCACCCAGUACUACCUACAACGAGGGAGCAACUUGUACUCCACUUUACCUUCAAAAAAGACUCAAUUCUUUGCCAGUGAGUACAAAACCGAAAGGUCAGUCACUCCCGAUAUCACCAGAGGAUUAGAGAGGAACCACAACACUCAGGGCGAUUAUGAACACUUAAAGAUAAAUUACCAGCAUUCAUUGCCGAGAAACUUUUACAAAACAGAUCAUGGCCUACUUAACCAGAAACUUGGAAUACCUGUACGGGUCCCAGAAGUAGACAAGUUAAAUAUACAAAACGUGCCUUUAGUUUAUCCUACAGGUGAUGCUCCAACAAACAUGAGACCUCAGAAUGAUUGGAGAUAUCGUUACAAGUCACAAGAUGCAAAACCGUUUGACGACAGUGAUGAAUCAUUCAAAAUAUCACCCAUAGAUCCUAGACAUUCAAGAGGGUUUCAGUCUUCGACACCAUCGUCAAAAGCUAUUGACCUUAAGGCUGCUAUAAACUUAGAGGACAAAUUGAUGUCACCAAAGAAAUCUACCAUGUCAAAUGAAGAGCUGUAUGCUGUGAUUCAUAAAAGUAAGAAGAGGAUGAAUAUAGAAACUGAAAACACACCGAGAUCUUCCCCCGUCACAGUUGGCACCGAGACGCCACCCAAACAAAUCAUAAAAAGUCCCGAAACAGGGUAUUUAGGAGAUAAGUCCAGAUCCCGGCUUAGCUGGUCACCUAAUAAAGGAGAUUACGUAGACUUUAACUCGGAUAUCGAUAAAUUGUCUCCACCAAAUGAAUCAAGAUCAAGGCAAAGUUGGGCGUGUAGUGAAAGGAAAGGUCAGAAAUCCAAACAGACGUCCACGAUAGACUUUAAACGGUUACUCUUGCAGAAAUCUUCCAGUAGCACCCCAAGGAAACUGUCUGCAGUGGAACAACUGAAGCUGUCGAAGCAGCAAAUCAAACCUCCGCAACCCAAAACGCAGCCGGAGAUGAGCAUUUUAGAUUUGAGUGGAUCCCCCAGGGGUUUAGUGAACAGAAGGAUGUUAAAUUCCGUACCAGGUUCACCGAGCAGAGACUUGAAGCCUGCACCCAAAAUAUUGUCACCGAGAUCGCAAUGGAGAUUCGCAAGCCCAAGAAGUGACGUUCUCUCUUCUACAAUACUGGAAGAUUGUAGGGAAGAUGAGACCUCUACCAGUUACGGAGAAAAAAAGCAACCUUCACCCAAAUCAGAUAAUACUUUCAAUUCGAAUUAUGUAAAUAAUGAAAAUUUACUUGACGAUAUCCAAAACGAUCCACGAAACAUAUCAAUAUUAUCUGCUGCUCAGAGGCUGCAAGCUCAAAGAGCUCAGUUUUUCAACUCUACGCCUACUAUUGAGGAAAAUCGGUCUAGAAUUCAAGAAAAGCCAUCCUGUCCACCUACAUUAGAAACUGCGUUUUAAUUUUGAGGGUGAUUACAUAAUUUAUUUUUGUACAUAGUGUUUUAUCGAUUUAUUUUAUUUAUUCAAUAAUGUCUAGUCGACGAGCCGUUAUAUAUUUUUCACUUUUAUAUCACAUGAAAUAUCACGGUUGUAGUGUACAAUUUUUCUGUACAAACUUGUGUUGUAUAUAAUAAUAUCUGUUUUGGCGAGGCUUCCAAUUAAUAUAUGUAGCAAAGUUGCCUUAAAUUAUUGUAAAUCUUAAUAUAUACCGAUUUUUGUAAAUAAACAUUUAGAU